UAAACUUCCGCUUUGGAAUUUUGUCAAUGAAAAAAAGGAGUAGAUCGAAUAUCGUGCCGAAAUGCCUGUUUUUAGCUUGCAUGAGGUGAAAAAACAUUGCAAAGACAAUGAUCUAUGGGUGGUGCACCAAGAUAAAGUAUAUGAUGUGUCGGAAUUUGUCGAAAGACACCCGGGUGGAAAGGAUAUUGUGUUGGAAAAUUCAGGAGUUGACGUGACCACGAUCAUGGAGACAACCCCCCAUAAACAUUCAGAUGCAGCAUACACCAUACUGAAGAAGUAUUACAUAGGGGACAUUAAAACCAUCCAGACCAAUGGCAAGAAUGCUCAAAAACGCAUUUCUACGAAAGAUGAACCCAAGAAAAUGGCUGCUAAUGGUAACGGGGCAACAAAUAAUGGUAUCCAUGAGAACAAAGAAAAUCAGUUUGAUUUCAUAGAGAAAGACUUCAUUGACUGGGACAAGCCCAUUCUUUGGCAGGUUCACAAACUGGGCCGUCACUAUGAACAAUGGGUCCAUACCCCUCAAGAGACAUGCAUUCGACUCUUCAAAUCUGAUUUUUGUGAAUAUUUCUCCAAGACUGCGUGGUAUUUGAUUCCCAUGUUCUGGCUGCCGGUUAUGAGCAUGUUCCUUUACAAAUCUUACAGUGAAUUCCAAGGGGGAAGCGAACAGUGGCCAAUAGUGCUGUUUGGAGGAUUCAGUUUCAAUGCUUAUAGUAUUCCAGUUUUCUUUGCAUUUGGGGCUUUGUUCUGGACGUUCCUGGAGUAUGUUGUCCACAGGUGGCUGUUCCAUAUGAUUCCCGAUGAGAAAUCGCCUUUCUUAAUCACCCUCCAUUUUAUACUACAUGGUCAACAUCACAAGUCUCCAUUUGAUCGUGAAAGACUGGUGUUUCCGAUUGUGCCAGGUGUGAUAUUCGCCUGCCUCUUCAACGUCAUCUACACGUUUCUAUUUCCAUAUUCCAUCAAAAUGGCAGUUUUAGCAGGAACCAUCCUAGGUUAUGUGUCUUAUGACUUGACACAUUACUAUUUACACCAUGGUUCCAUUAAGUUUGACUAUUUCAAGCGCUUGAAGAACUACCAUGUAAGACAUCAUUUCGAACAUCAACGACUAGGAUUUGGCAUAUCAAGUAAACUUUGGGACUAUCCAUUUGGAACACUAAUUCCAGAGAAGCAGCAAUAAGAAUAUUGAUGAUGAUGACGAUGAAAAAUCUGGUUACGCAACAUUUUAAAACCAGAUUAUAUUAUUCCUGGAUGUAUAUGAAGAGCUUAUUUUAAUGUGAUUUAUGGUGAAUGGUAAUGCAGUUUACAUUUGAGAAGUGGGACUCUUUUACAGGCUGGUUAGUGUAAUUGUAUGCUUCAUGUUAUAUAUUUGUGUGCAAAGCAGACUGCAACGGAUGUUAUAUAAGGUACAUGAUUCCAUAUAUGGAAGAUGUAUGCUAAGAAGGAUGGUUAUGGUUUAACUAAAAUGUUAAAUUCACAAAUUCUUUCUGAUUUUAUUCUUUAUUGCAAAUGUUUCUUUUUGGGUUCACUAUUUAUUUGAAUUGAAAUUGAAAUUUUAACUCCUUUGUUUCAUGUUAUUAAACCAAAAAUUCUCAAUUUUAUCUCCAGAUGAAAAUCUAGAAACUCAUAAAGUUUUUAUAUCAUAUAGUCCAUGGUAUAUAGAAUGGGUUUCAUUAAGGGUUGGACCAUAAUUACCCAUAAUUUUCUUUAGUAUUAGAGUAGUUGAAAUGUUGACGAAAAAAGUUUGAGUUCUAUAUUGCACAAAUUCAGUGAGGUCACAUGAUGAAGUGCUAUUUGACUCCCCCAAUCAAACAAAAUCUAUCAUUUGUCUAACAUUUAUUGGUCAGUUUUCUUUAUAAGGAUCAACCGAAGUCUUUUCAAUGUUAAAUUAU